GAUUGGAAGGAGGCGGAUGAUGAUUUGCAUGAUCCCAAUACGCCUGAUCCGAAACCCGGGUUCAAGGAUGCGGUUUCGAGGGAGGGAGCGGCAAAGCUGGGAUCGUUGUUGGUGAUGGUUUUGGGUGCGUUGGUAUUGUUCAUUGUUUGGCCUGCUCUCGUGUUCACGGGUCACAGCUCGCCUCACAAGAAGACAUCUACGACCGAAUCCCUGACAUCGCAUACAUUCGGUACCCUUGGCGCCAUUCGGACGAGCUUGAUCGACCCUGACACGCCGGAGCAGUAUUACACGAAAACGGCACCGCAUGAUGGACGUACGCUCAAGUUGGUCUUCAGUGAUGAGUUUAAUCAGGAUGGAAGGUCGUUUUAUCCGGGUGAUGAUCAGUUCUGGGAGGCUGUUGAUAUUCAUUAUGCUGCGACAAAUGAUUUGGAGUGGUAUGAUCCUGACCAGGUCACGACCGCCAAUGGCACUCUACGUCUUCGUAUCGAUGCGAUUGAGUCACAUAACCUCGACUACCGCUCCGGUAUGCUUCAGUCUUGGAAUAAGCUCUGCUACAAAGGAGGCUUGAUCGAAGUCUCGGCAUCGCUACCUGGAAAAACCUCCAAACCAGGUUUCUGGCCGGGUAUUUGGACGAUGGGAAAUAUUGGUCGACCAGGGUAUCUGGCGACGACGGAGGGUGUAUGGCCGUACAGUUACGAUUCUUGCGAUGCUGGUAUCACGCCGAAUCAGUCUGAUCCCGGAGGUCUCUCAUACUUGCCUGGACAGAGGUUAAACAAGUGUACUUGUUCGGGUGAGGAUCAUCCUAACCAGGGUGUUGGACGUGGUGCCCCGGAAAUUGAUGCACUUGAAGGUGCUGCGGAUGGUUCCUCUGGUCUUGGUCAGGCUACGCAGUCCGGACAGUUCGCGCCGUACGAUAUUUUCUACGUCCCGAAUACGGAUUACAUGUGUAUCUACAACACCUCGGUUUCUUCUUGGAACGGGUGGCGUGGUGGACCUUUUCAGCAGGCUUUGUCCGGUGUGACGAAUUUGAAUAAUGAUUGGUAUGGAGGGAAGAAGUACCAGACGUAUGGAUUUGAGUAUAAGCCGGGUAGUACGGAGGGGUAUAUCGACUUCACCGUCGGUGACUCAAAGACGUGGUCAAUGGUCGGCUCCGCUGUCGGCCCGAACGGAAACAUCGGACAACGCCUCGUCUCCGAGGAACCCAUGUCCAUCAUCAUGAACCUCGGUCUCUCCACCUCUUGGACCUACAUCGACUGGCCGGCCCUCGAGUUCCCUAGUACCAUGUACAUCGACUACGUGAGAAUUUACCAGGAUGAAGACGACGACACGAUGAGUUUGACGUGUGACCCACCUGGGUUCCCGACGACGCAGUAUAUUGAGGAUCAUCGGAAUGCGUAUGAUAAUGCGAAUUUGACGAGUUGGGAGGAUGCUGGGUAUUCGUUCCCGCAGAAUACGUUGAUGAAUGGGUGU